AUGUCAUCCCCCAUGAACUCCUCAUCCCCGUCCCCACUCAGCACCCACAACGGGCACACGGCCGCGAAGAUCUCCGGGGUGCCCUGUCCGGCCACACCCACCCGCUACACUGCCCCGGUCCAUAUCGACGUGGGCGGAGUCAUCUAUACGUCAUCGCUGGAGACCUUAACGAGGUUCCCGGAGUCUAAACUUGGACGGAUGUUCAAUGGCAGCAUUCCUAUUGUCCUUGACAGUCUCAAACAGCAUUACUUCAUUGAUCGAGACGGCAAGAUGUUCAGGCACAUCCUCAACUACCUAAGGUCAGGAAAGUUAGUUCUCUCGGACAGCUUCAAAGACUUCGAUCAGUUGUACGAGGAGGCCAAAUAUUACGACAUCACCUCCUUGAUAAGGGAAAUGGACACUCUCCGCAAGUGUAAAACAAUCAAGAAAGAGGCGGGAAGUCAUGCCAUUCAGCACUGCGAUUGUGUGGCCGUCAGCAUAAGUCCGGAUCUUGGAGAGCGAAUCUCGCUCAGCGCCGACAGGCACCUUCUGGAGGAAGUGUUUCCGGAACUGAACUCAGCUCUCAUGGAUUCACGAAACUCUGGCUGGAAUAUGGACAAUCGCUUCGUGAUUAGAUUUCCGCUGAACGGCUUUUGUCAGCUGAACUCUGUGCAAGUGUUGCAGAGGUUACUUAAUCACGGCUUCAGUGUUAUUGCCUCCACGGGCGGAGGUGUGGAGGGUCAGCAGUUCAGUGAAUAUCUCUUCAGUCGUAACCCAACAUCGUAACUCAUCAACCACAAAUCAACAAACUGCAAUACGUAUCUUUGUUCCUACAGGUACCUGAUUUGGCAAAAUUGAACCCAGUUGUUUGUUUAACAGUAAUGUGUAUGAUGUGCUUUUCCGCCUACACGCAAGGAGUUUUGGUGUCUGAGUACGGUAAAUGAAUAAAAAGAAAUUAAAUAAAACUAUUCAUUCUGUCAGACGCCAUCCCCGGUAAGCAAAUAGUCGACAGUUAUAACCCGAAUAUCCGAAUAUAUUACUUUGGGCGUUAGAUCUGUAGGCCUAUAGGUACAUGUGUUUUAUGAGUAUGUCUAUGUUGCCCAUCAGAUCCCAUUGUUAUGGUCAAAGGUGGCCCUAAAGCCAUGCUAAUAUUUUUUUCGACUGCCAAGCAUCUGAAAGCCAUAUUAUUGUGAAUAAAUUAUAAUUACAGGAGUUUAAGGUUUUCAAGAAAGUAAUGUGAGGGGAGUGUGUUACUAUAUUGUUGAGAUUGUUAACUCUGAAUGAAGAAUCUGCUUUAUUUACCUUAUCUAAGACUGUGUGUUUGUGUAUGAUAACCAGACGUUCUACUCUGGACCAUAUCUGAGCCAUGUAUCCACUAUGUCUAUAGGCAUUUUGUGUAGCGCGGUUAGACUUACCCUGUGUCAUUGUGAAGGCAUUCUCUUGGCUG